AUACCGAGAGGAACCAACCGCGCGCCUCAGCCGCCCGUCGUCCAUCUGCCUCCCACAGUGCUGGCAAAGUGAAGCGAGGCCGCGCAAAACGAAAUUGAAGCCAGCGGCGAUGACCACGUGGUGGCGCGCGUGGCGCGGGCGCGGCGCGGGGCGCCGGUGACGGCGGCGCGCGGUGCAUGUCUUCCCUGUGCUUCGUGUGCCAGCUGCCCAUCCUCAGCCACCAGACAUGGGGCACCUGGCCACAACAGCCGGACAGCGACACCGAGCCGCAAGACGACGAGCCGCCGGAAGAGGACGAAGAGGAGGAGGACGAGGAAGACCGCGUGGCGCUGCUCGCCUCAACGGGAGACAACACUUCCUCGAAGUCGGACUCGGCGGCAUGCCUUACAUCGGUCUCGUCCUCCCUCGCAUCGGCGAUCACCAGGAACUGCCGUUCACCCCAGGAGGCAAGGUCGCCCGGCGAUGGCGCGUCAGCCGACAGGGGCUGCCGGAGCCGCCGUCCCAGUCAGCCCGUGGUGACUCCUCAGCGCCGGCGGAGCAGUGCCGCCACAGCCACGGGCGGUCCUCUGCCGGACUGGGAGGGCGGCGGCGACACCUUCCACGAGGACUGCCUCGUGUGCGAGACGUGUGGCCUGCGCCUGGCGGGCUCCAGCUGGCAGGCGGCGCACCGCUUCCAGAACAAGAUCUACUGUGGCCUGCACUACGCCGAUGUGACGGGCCUGUCCAGCGGCGAGGAGUUCCUGGCCAAGCUACGCGAAUACAAGCGUCAGUCACUGGGCUGUGCCGAGGCGAGACGCAAGAGCUCCACCACGCUCACCUUUCCCGUGCCCGUGCAGGCAUGCCCAGGCACUCCGUGCGAGCAGUACCCGCACUGCAUCAAGUCAACGCCGGGCUACUGGAUCGAGUGCGCGGGGCCCAAGAAGGAGUCGGACGCCCUGCUGGAUCCAGUGGACGGCGCGGACAGCUGCGGCUUGCCAUCCAACGUGUCCGGCGGCCUGGAGCUGGUGUCCCGCGACGAGGACACUUACGAGAGGCACUUCUACGGCAAGGAGCACUGGAACUACUUCACCAACGACGAGGCCCUGGGCCCCGUCAUCAUGAGCCUCAGGCAGGAGAACAUCAACAACAGGGACCAGUUCAGGGUGAUGCUUCGCACGGUGACGUACAACCUGCACGGCCUCAUCCCGGCCUCGUGCGUGUGCGCCAACCGUUAUGACCGCGAAGCCAUCGUGCGCUGCUUGGGCGACGAGGCGGGACUCAAGCCGUGCCUCACGCUCGGGCAGCUGCCCUCCACACCCGACGAGCUGCUCAAGCUAGACCAGGUUUUUGUGAAGUCGGAGCUUAAAGUGGGCGUCGUCUACGUCAAAGAGGGCCAAAACACCGAGGAACAGAUCCUGAACAACAGAACCCACAGCGCCUUAUUCGAGGAGUUUCUUUGUCUUCUGGGAGACCGCGUACGCCUUAAAGGUUUCGACAAGUACAAAGGAGGCCUGGACACCGUCCACGACCUGACCGGCACUGAGUCCGUGUACACUGCCUGGAAGAGCAUCGAGAUCAUGUUUCACGUCUCUACCAUGCUUCCGCACGAGGAGCACGACCCGCAGAAGCUUCAGAAGAAGCGGCACAUUGGCAACGACAUCGUCUGCGUGGUGUUCCUGGAGGCGGACAACACGCUUUUCUCACCGGCCUGCAUCAAGUCGCACUUCCUGCACGUCUUCAUAAUCGUGCGAGCAUCGCCAAACAAACCGCCCGGAGCGCACACCGUCUACGAAGUGUCCGUAGUGUCCAGAGAUGAGGUGGGCGCCUUCAAGCCGUACCUGUGGCAUCGAUCACUAUUUCCCAAAGGAGUACAGUUUCGAGAGUGGCUGCUCACCAAAAUCGUUAACGGGGAACGUACAAGCUACUCGGCGCCCAAGUUUGCAAGAAUGCAGGACCGGACACGCAGCCAGAUGUUGGAGGACAUGGUGACCAACCUACAGAACCACGCCGAAACGGGCCAGAUCCCGAAGCCUUACCGGCGCGGAUCGUGGCGCCCCAUCGGCCACAUGCGACCCUCGUCUCCGCUGCUGGACAGUGUGCGCGACCCGUUCGAAGGAUACGACCAGCUCGCUAGGGACUUCGCCAAGAUGUUUCAGGGAACGCGCCAGCUAUGCGACGUCGUCUUCAACGUAGGACAGGGUAAAGACAAGACGAAGGUGUACGCCGUCAGAGCCAUCUUGGGAGUCCGCAGUCGCGUAUUUCUGGAGAUGCUGUACGGAUUCAGUACGGGCUUUGGCCUUGGCGUGACCGGAACGGCUGACACCCCUUCCAAGGUGGUCAGUCCAUCGGGCCCAAAGUCGAGCAACUAUCUUCAGGUGCCUGACAUCCACGAGAGCCCGCGCAACAAGAGCGCUCCGUCCAGCCCGAUGGUGAUUCGCGCCUUCUCCCGCCUCGGAAACUGGACGGGCUGGAGUUCCCGCAGCAGCAGUAAGGACUCUUUAAUACCUGAUGAUAUCGGGGGCCUCAAGCGCUGGCAGAGUGAGUGCAAUUGCAAAGAGAAGGAGAAAGAGAAAAACACUGCGAUGGCGGGGACCACAGUAACGCUGAGCGUUUGCGCGGAUGCUCACAAGGUGGACAGGACGAAGCUGUGUCAACACGAGUUCAACAUCAUCGAGUUCGACAGCGACACGUUCCAGCUGCUGGUGGACUACCUGCACUGCGGCUCGUGUCCGCUCAGCUGCGAGUCCAUUCCCGGCCUGAUCUGCGCCGCCGAGCACUACGACCUGCCGGAGUUGAUGCAGGCCUGCUUCCACCACGCCAAGCAGCACCUGAGACUAUCGGUGGUCUGCGGCAUGCUGAACGUGCUGGAGAACUACUACUGGCGCUACACGUCGGCCACCGAGCUGGUCAACAUGAUACUGCAGUUCGUCGACACGCGCGCAUCGGCACUGUUCGCGGGCCAGGACUUCCUCGAGCUGUCCGAGUCCAUGUUCCAGACCAUCAUCGGUCGCGAGCUCAACAUACCCGAAGUCACAAAGUUCGAAGUCAUGCUUCGUUGGGCCACGCACCACGUAAAGACCAUCAACCGACCAGACCCCAGAGAACUUCAGUGCACCAUGAACCGGUUAACUCGAGACUUGAAGCUUUACCUCAUACCACCACAAGAGUUGAUAAAAGUGGUCCUCCCAACAAAGACAAUCAGCCAUGAGGAGAUCCUGGACACCCUGCUCUACCAGGCCGACACCGGCAUGUUUCGCGUGCGCCGGUCAUACAUAGAGGCUGUCGACGGCCGCAGAGACCGGUACCUGCUCAGCCAGAAGCUCACCGGGUACCGGAGAUAACGCCGCCGUAAACCACUCACCGAUAGCACCGGUCCUGCGGAGACUGCCAGUGCUCGACCGCUCCGGAGACGACGCACGUGCGAUGUUCGUCGUGAAGCGCCGGAUCCUGAUGUGGUGUCCGAAUUUUCGACCGGCGAAAUUGUCUCCGCGAGAAAAGAAAAGUCUGAAACAAUGCUCCCUGCCUU